AUGGCAUCGACCAAUUCAUGUCUUUUCAGUGCCGUCUCUCCAGCAGCUCGCGACUUGACUCUUCUAUUAAGAUGCAUUGCAUUUGCUUCCAAGACUCAAGUCCGCCUGUCGCCCGAAGGACUACGUUUUAGUGCUCAAGAAACCAGUGUGAUGGAAGGCAAGCGCUUCCAGCAAUCAUUUUGCCACAAUCUUCUGACUGUUGCCNNAGCCUUUGUGUUUCUCUCCAGAUCGCUGUUUACAACUUGGAGCUAUCAAGAUCUAGAAGCUCCCGAGGACGAAUCAGCUGAAGACGCACUUCAACCUCCCACUUUUCAGAUAUCUCUUCCUGCUUUGCUCGAAACUCUACAAAUCUUCUCUCUUGGUGACAGCAACGCUUUCCGACAACAACAAGAUCCGUAUGACACAUUUACUGCAUUCAGACAGAACCGCAACGCGAACAACCCUUUCUCCGCCUCAGCACUAGGAUCUUCUGGUCUCUGCCGCAUAUCAUAUGAGAAUCGCGGUAGUCCUCUAUCAAUCCAGCUAUCCGAGUCAGACGUCACGACCAACUGCGAUUUGACCACCUACGAAGCAGAAACAACUGAAGAUAUUCCUUUUGAUCGAGAAAGCCUAGCUCUCAAGACUAUUAUGCGUUCGGCGCAUUUGGCUGAUGCCAUAUCAGAACUUGCUUCUACGAAUCCUACCAGUCUCUCGUUGACUGCAUCGCCCACAGCACCCUACAUGUCGCUCUCAGCUACUGGGCCACUUGGUUCAGCCACUGUCGACUUCAACAAAGACCAAGACCCUUUGCUGCUUGAGACAUUCCAGUGUCCAGCUCGCUUUCGCACAACGUACAACUUUCGACACAUCAAGGCUGUAUACCGUGCCAUGGUCUCUGCGACCAAGGUCAGCGUUCGUGCCGAUGAGCAAGGUGUUUUGAGCCUGCAAUUCUUGAUUGAGGUGGAUCCGACAGCACAGGCAGAGCCAGGCAAGGAGGGUAUCGCUUUUGUGGAUUUCCGCAUCGUGCCUCAGGUUGAAGGAGAACUUCCAAAGGACGAUUCGGAAACGGAUGACGAAUGA